AUGGCUGCCAUGAAGAAAGUGCUGCUUGCUGCUGCUGUUGCUGCCUUUGCAGCUUUCAUUGGAUACCGCAUAAUGAAACUCAAGGAAAUGGUCCUUGCGUCUAGAGACAUGCCUGUGAAACACCUCAGCUGCCAAUAUCUACAGAAUAUUGAAUAUGGAGCAGAGGAUAUCACAAUACUAAAAGAUGGACUGGCCUUCAUGAGCACAGGGUUGCACUAUCCUGGAUUGCCUUCAUUCUCCGAUGGACCAGGGAAAAUGUACAUUGUGGAUCUGCUGCACCCAAAACCAACUCCAGUUGAAUUGGAAAUCAAAGGAGAGCUGGACCUCAGCUCUUUCAACCCACAUGGCAUCAGUGUUUACACCGAUGAAGCAGAUGACUCUGUGUACCUGUUUGUUGUCAAUCACCCUCAGCACAAAAGCCAGGUAGAGAUUUUUCAUUUUGUUCCGGACAACACACUUGUGCACCUAAAAACCAUCACCCACCCCUUACUCCAUAAUGUAAAUGACGUUGUUGCUGUCGGAGUAGAGAGCUUCUACGCCACACUUGAUCACUCCUUUCAAAAUGACGCACUCCAUUUUUUGACUUUACUGCUGGGUCUCCCCUGGUGUGAGGUGGUGUACUACAGUCCACAGGAAGUGAGGGUGGCAGCCAGUGGCAUUCUGUCUGCAAAUGGCAUUAAUAUAUCACCAGAUAAACGGUAUAUUUAUGUUGCAGAUAUCCCUGAACAUGAGAUUGAGGUUUAUGAGAGAAAAGAAGGAGAACAAUUAAUGCAUGUUAAGUCUGUAGCUGUUGGGUCACUCUGUGAUAACAUCGAGGUGGACCACAGGACAGGUGACUUAUGGCUGGGUUGUCAUCCAAAUGGCAUGAAAUUAUCUCCAUAUAACCCUGAAGAUCCACCCGGCUCAGAGGUCAUCCGGAUUAAGAACAUACAUUCAGAGCAGCCAGUGGUGAGCCUGGAGUACGCCGAUGAUGGCCACAUGCUCAUGGCCUCCACUGUAGCAGCUCCCUAUGAGGGAAAGCUGCUGAUUGGCACUGUGUUCCACAAAGCCCUGUAUUGUGAUCUGAAAUAAUCUGUGUGCUAUGUAUCAAUGAUCAUUAAGAAUAGAAAUGUUUUAAGAAAAGAUUUGAAUGGAUAUGGGAUGAAAAAUAAAUGAAAUCCUGAUUCACAGUUUGCAGUCAUUUUACCUGAUACACACACAGGCUCACUGUGUGAAUGUUAUCUUAAAGCAGGAAACUGUAAAACAUUCAUUUUGUUUUUGAUUUUUGAUACAUAACAGUUUUAUUAUAAUAUUUUCAUC